AUGAUGACGACUCAAGAUAAGAACAAGCAUCGGAAGAGGGAAGAUGAUGCGGAGAAUGGUUUGCACCGUAGGCAACCAGAUGCUGAGAAUUCGUUUCUUAGUGGCAUCAAGCAACGGCUACUUUCCUUUAUCUUUAAAGAUAUUUGGAAUGAAGAAUCUGAUAACACAAUGGUAGGAAGAAAUGCUGAUCAUCUUCCGGCUUUCUUCGCGGUGUAUAAUAAGGAAACAACUGAUAUUGUAGCAUUCUAUCAGAACUCAGCAGAAGAUCUUUACCAGCUAUUUGAGCAGUUCAGUAGUGAUCACUUUACAGUCUCAAGUAGUUCACCUUUCAUGAACUUUGUAAUUUUCUUUUAUGCUUUCAAUGUUUAA